GGGAGACCUUGCUUGGAAACGCCCACCAAGCCAACCCUUAUUGUUGUUCUCUUCUUCUACCUUUGGGGGAACGAAAAGAGGUCUCAUCCUCGAGCCUCCAUCUCUGCGACACGGUGGUGGAACAUUCAUUUGAAGGGCAGUCCAUGCACAUAAUAGGGGACACAUUCAAAAAACCAUGAAGAAAUUCCUUUUAUUUACUCUCUGGAUGAUGGUGAAGGGUGCUGUGGCCGAGAGAGCAUCGUUUGGUGCCCGCGGUCUUCCUGAGCUAGCGCUGUUAGAACGUCAAGCCGCCUCGUCCACUGCUACUGCCACUUCUAGCGCUACAUCGUCCUCUUCUACGCCAUUUCUGGUGUUCGUCAGCGUCUCCAGUCUCACUACAUGCACUUCGGCGAGCGUCAGAUGGGUAUAUUCUGGUCCAACAUCUCCCUUGGAGCUCAUGAUAACGAAUAUCAACGUUACCCAAACUGAUUCUUCUUCCUCUGUGACCACAUCAUCGUCAUCAUCUUCUUCCACAACUUCCCCUAGCCUCAUCACGGACGGAGUUAGCGACGUUGCGGCUCGAGCUAUCCCCACGUAUCUCACUGCUGGUGAUGGUGAUGGUGCUAGUACGUCCAGCGGUGAUAUCGUCAAGAUCAUUACAACAAGUGCUGAUCCUUCCAAUGAUUCAUUCACCUGGGACAAGGUUAAUGUUCCGCAGGGGUGGUACACCAUCUGGGCCUCCAUGGAGACUUACCCGGAUUUCAGCCAGACCACAUAUUUCGAUUUUUUCGUCAGUAACGGAUCCGACGUCUCCUGCCUCUCAAGUUCUGCCGGAUCUUCGUCUUCGUCUUCAUCCGCCGCCAUGAGCACCUCUACCAGCAGCCCGUCCGCCUCUGCCAUCGUAGAUGCCGUAACUUCCGUCAACAAGGGUGCCAUUGCCGGCGGCGUCAUUGGCGGUGUUGCCCUACUUGCCGCUGUGCUGGCUGCCCUCCUCUACUUCCUCUGUGCCACUAACCGCCGUCGCCGAGGCCCCUCUCUCGGAUCUCCUAACAGUGGCAUUGUCGGUCGAUGGGGAACCCUCGGCUCGUUCGACUCUACUCACAGCGGUAAAUCCCACCCGGCCAAGACGACGAAGCAAAAGACCAACAAGUACAACGGUGCUGGGGUCGUAGGAAUGAGCGGGUACGAUUCUGAGGGUAGAGUCGAGAGGCACCAUUCGCAGGCGGGUUCCAUGGGUCCCAUCGUCUCUUAUGGGCACACUAUGGCUGAGAGCUCUUGCUCAGAAGAAGGCUUCAACCCAUACGCCUCGUACGAGGACAAGUACUCGCGCUCCCCGGUGUCUGUAGAGAACGGGGAAGUCAUGGCUCAUGCAGUUGGCUACAGCCCGCGCCUACCGCAAGCCGGCCGGCAGUCCACGUCGUCCAUCGAGUCCUACGUGCUAAACAACAAUUUCAGUCGACCGCGGAGCCAGACUCAGGCUCAGGCUCAGAGGAUGGCACCCUCACCGCAGCCGUACCCUGAAUCGCCCUCGACGAGCAGCGUACUCCAUACGCCUACGGAGAACCGUCGUUUCUCAUCGCCAGUGCUGCCUAUAGACGAUGGCGUCUUUGUUGGGUAUCAACAGCAACAGCAACAACAACAGCAACAACAACAACAACAACAAAAUCCUCGCCAGCCGCCCCGUCGUAUGCCCCGCAAGCCUGUCCCAUCGUACAACACCUCAGACCUGCCGGAACCGCUCCCAGCGCACGUCCAUUCCCCCUCCUCCAUGGCGAGCUCCCCGUCUCCCGCGCACUCCGUCCAUUCUCUCGUCCUAACGGAAGACGUCCAUCAGCUGAUACAUAAGGGCAGCUUCUCGGAUGGAAGACCCGUGCAUGUGCUCAUGCCUGAUUUGCCACCCCCACUACGGUAUUAGGGGGUUAACAAUCUUCCUGUGGCGCGGUCUAACCCUUCCAACCCCCCCUAAUGUAUUCAUCUAACGUUUAAGAUUUAUUUCACAUACUCACGCUCCAUUGCUUGUAACAUCUUCGCACGCACUAUUUCGUCAUGGGUUUUUUUUUUUUUUUUCAUCUUCUUUUGUCAUGAAUGGAUGGAUGGAUACAACUUUGUUGGCAUGGGUAAAGAUCUGGUAUUGUUACCUAUCAUUGGAUUUCUUCUACGCAGACUUUCGUGUAUGUUCCUUGUUGUUUUAUAAUGUACUUCCCGCUUUAUAUAUCUCUUGCCUCGUUUUCAUUUUCAUUUUCCACGUGUAAUCCUUAGUGUUAUUUUAAACAAGUUCAAAAGGUAAUGAAUGUACUGUCUGUCAUAUAAUACCACGUAGUGACAGAAG